CCUCUAAAGAGGAAUAGGAAGCAGCCCUGCAUGAGCACCGAAGUUGCCUUUGUGCAGCAGCAGCCAUGAACAGCCUUCUCCCACUAAUUCUCCUGCUCCUCCUCCCCGCGACAACCAAUGCGGACGACCUUGGGUACUACAUCACCAGCGCCUGCUCGUACAACACGAACUACACGCGCGGCAGCGCGUUCCAGGCCAACCGCGACGCGAUCCUCUCCUCCCUCCCCGCCGCCGCGGCCGCGUCCUCCUCCGGGUUCGCCGAGAACGUCACCGGCGCCGCGCCGCCCGACCUGGCGUACGGCCUCGCGCAGUGCCGCGGCGACGCCAGCGCCUCGGAAUGCCGCUCGUGCCUCGACGGCGCGGCGCGGGACAUGGCCGCCGAGUGCCCCGCCCAGAAGAGCGCCGUGCUCAUCUACGAAGGCUGCCUGCUCCGGCUCUCCAACGCGAGCUUCUUCGGCAGGGUCAAGACGUCGCGCGCGACGUACGUGUGCAGCCCGCACAAGGCGGCGGCGGUGGCGGCGCAGCCGGACUUCAACUCGUCGCUGGGCGCGCUGAUGAGCGGCCUCGCAGAGAAGGCGUACGGCUCGCCGCGCAUGUUCGCGGUCGGCGCCGUCAACCACACGCCCUACGAGAAGAUCCACGGCAUGGCGCGGUGCACGCAGGACCUGAGCCGCGACGACUGCCACAGCUGCCUCGCCAAGGCCGUCAGGAUAAUCCCGGACUGCUGCCCCGGGAGGUCGGGCGGCCGCAUAUUUUUCUGGAGCUGCUCCGUCCGAUUCGAGGUGGGCCCUUUCUACAACAUCCAGCUCGCCGAGGCGGCCAUGUCCCCGGCGCCGGCGCCGGCGCCGGGAGGCGGGCCACUCGUCAACGGCAGCGACCACUACCCCGUCGCCCCACGUAGCACAGGUUCAGGGAGCAGCCGCACGGUCAGGAACACAGCUCUCCUUGUCUCAAUUCCUGCUGCUAUAGCGCUGCUGCUGCUUGUUAUUGUUACUGUCUGUAUUUGCAAGAACAGAAAAGCACACAAGCAUGUGCUGAUUGCAAGAGACGGACAUGGAGAUGAUGAAGAAAUGAGAAGUUCAGGCCCGCUCCAGUACGAUUUGAGCACUCUUCGAGCUGCCACUGACAACUUUUCAGAAGAAAAUAAGAUCGGGAAAGGCGGGUUUGGGCCUGUCUACAAAGGUACGCUAGGAAAUGGGCAGGAAAUUGCAGUGAAGAGGUUGGCGAGAAUCUCGCAGCAAGGGCACGCCGAGAUGAAGAAUGAGGUCGUCCUGAUUGCAAAGCUCCAGCACAGGAACCUGGUGCGCCUGCUCGGCUUCUGCAUCGAGGAAGGAGAGAAGCUCCUUGUCUACGAGUUUCUCAGCAACAAGAGCCUCGACAAAUUCAUUUUCGGUCCUGCAAGUCAGCAGGAGCUAAGCUGGGGCCAGAGGAAAAAGAUCAUCGAAGGGAUCGGCAGAGGGCUAAUGUACCUUCACGAAGAUUCAAGGCUGAAGGUCAUCCACCGCGAUCUCAAGGCCGGCAACAUCUUGCUUGAUGCGGACAUGAACCCCAAGAUCUCGGACUUUGGCCUGGCAAAGUCGUUUAGCAUCGAUGCGAGCCAAGCGAACACAGAACACGUUGCUGGAACUUAUGGAUACAUGGCACCAGAGUAUGUUGAGAACCACAUCUUCUCUUCCAAGUCAGACGUUUUCAGCUACGGCGUCCUUGUCCUGGAGAUCAUCACCGGCAAGCGUGUUCAAGAAGAUCUCGUAGAAUCUGUUUGGAAGCGCUGGAGCCUUGGGAGCGUGGCCCAGCUGCUCGAUGGCUACCCGGCCGACGAGCCCGGCAGGCAGGACAUGCUGAGGUGCAUCCACAUCGGGCUGCUCUGCAUCCAGGAGGAUCCGCAACUCCGGCCCAGCAUGGCGUCCGUUCUCCAAAUGCUCAAACACCGCAUCGUGACCAUGUCGGCGCCAACCAAGCCUGCCUUCGUGAUCCCUGGACCUGGAGAGAGGCCGAGGCCGGCCGCUCCGGAGCCAUUGACGAUUAAUGAAGCUUCUGUCUCUGAAUUGGAGCCGCGUUGAUUGUUGGAUGAAGACGUCGAUUGAUGUGUGCAGCUUUUUCUCAGUGAAUUUGCACUAGUACUAGAGCUAUCCAUGGUGAUUUCAAGGUUUUGUCGGAAAGCUUGGGUGGAAUUCUUUGGACGACAAGAUCAAACCAAAUAGUAGAACAGGGUCUCAUAAAUAACGUUAAACAAAAUAGGAUUCAUUUAGCAACGAUUUUUAUCUUCCGUUUGAACUCAUUUUUCUAAUUCUUCUAGUUUCUUUAAUAGAUGCAAUUACUAUGGCUCGACAAUAAGAAAUACUUAGAAUUUCAAAUAU